AUGGAGGCCAACCAGAGCGGGCGGCUGGACACGCCCGCCGGCGUCUCCCUGGAGUACAAGGCGGUGUCGGUGCUGCUGGUGCUGCUGGUGUGCGGCGUGGGCAUCGUGGGCAACAUCAUGGUGGUGCUGGUGGUGCUGAGCGCCCGCCACAUGCGGAGCCCCACUAACUGCUACCUGGUGAGCCUGGCCUGCGCCGACCUGACCGUGCUGCUGGCGGCGGGACUCCCCAACAUCUGGGACAGCCUGACAGGCGCCUGGGUCUUCGGCCACGCCGGCUGCCUCGCCAUCACCUACCUGCAGUACCUGGGCAUCAACGUGUCGUCCUGCUCCAUCACGGCCUUCACCGUGGAGAGGUACAUGGCCAUCUGCCACCCCAUCAGGGCUCAGACCGUCUGCACGGUGUCGCGGGCCCAGAGGAUCAUCGCCGGAGUCUGGAUCUUCACCUGCGUCUACUGCGUCAUGUGGUUCUUCCUGGUCGACAUCCAGGUGAGUCCGGAGGGACUGGUGCAGUGCGGCUACAAGGUGAAGCGCGAGCUCUACCUGCCCAUCUACCUGAUGGACUUCACCCUCUUCUACGUGACGCCGCUGGUGCUGGCCGUCGUGCUGUACGGCCUGAUGGCCCGAGUCGUCUACCUCAGCCCCCUGCCCACCACGCUGCGCCGAAGCUGCAGAGAGGGGGAGCAGCCGGGCCGGCCCAAGGGCGCCCUCUCCUCCAGGAAGCAGGUGACCCAGAUGCUGGCGGUGGUGGUGGUCCUGUUCGCCCUGCUGUGGAUGCCGUACAGAACCUUGGUUCUGAUCAACUCCUUCGUGGCCACGCCGUACCUGGACGCCUGGUUCCUGCUCUUCUGCCGGACCUGCAUCUACGCCAACAGCGCCAUCAACCCGCUCAUCUACAACGCCAUGUCGCAGAAGUUCCGCCUGGCGUUCCGAGGUCUGUACCGCUGCCGGCCACCAGGGGGCCACCAGGCCCGCGACCCGCGGCCCCUCCGGAGCAGCAAGGUGGAGGAACGUGCCGGAGCAGCGAUGGAGAGCCACGGCGCUGAAGGGACCUUGAAGCUGAGCAGCAGCAGCGACGCAGCGUCCGGAAACAAGAGCGACAACCCCUGUGGACACGGUCUGGAGCUGGAGAGGCGGCGCACCCUGCUGGAGAGCAGCCUCCACUGGCAGGACACGGACUCCCGCUGUGGUCCUGCUCCACAAGGUGUCUGAUGGACCGGGUCCUGCCGGGCGGCGUCUUCAUCAACGUCC